AUGCAGGCGGAGCGCGGCGGCCGCGGGCGGCGGCGGCCCGGCCAAGACCGGCCAGGCGGGGACCGCGACCGCGAGAGGGCUGGGGCCGCGGCGGCCGUGGCGAGGGGCGGCGGCGGCGGGGACGGAGGCGGCCGGCGGGGCCGCGGCCGGGGCUUCCGCGGCGGUCGCGGAGGCCGAGGAGGAGCCCCGCGGGGCGGCCGCCGGGAGCCGGGAGGCCGGGGCUCGGGAGCCCGCGCGCCGGUUGAAGAUGGCAGUGAUUCAGAGACAUAUGGAGAAGAGAAUGAUGAACAGGGAAAUUAUUCUAAAAGAAAGAUCGUCUCUAACUGGGAUCGAUAUCAAGAAACAGAAAAAGAGGUCAAUGGUGAAAGUGGAGAAUCCCAGCGGGGGACAGACUUCAGUGUCCUCCUGAGCUCUGCAGGGGACUCCUUCUCACAGUUCAGGUUUGCUGAGGAGAAAGAAUGGGAUGGUGAAUCCUCAUGUCCAAAACAGAAUUCAGCACUUUAUGUGGAUAGUGAGUUGCUGGUUCGAGCCCUUCAAGAGCUGCCUCUCUCACUUCGACUCAAUGUUGCUGCUGAGUUGAUCCAGACCACAGUUCCUUUAGAGCUUCCUCAGGUGAAAGCAAAAAGAAAUGAUGAUGGCAAGAGCCCAGGGAUGCAGUUAAGGGGGCCUGUCUCAGAGUUGAGGUCUUCUACUGCUGGGUGCAUCAGGUUCCUAGGAACUGACAAUCUAAGGGCAGACCCUGCCGAGGCUUCAGAGAAGUCCACCUCCUGGCCACAGCUAGCAGCUGACCACCUAGAAGAAGAACUCGAUCAGUUGCUGAGCUUAGAUGCACCUGUCACAGAGGGAACUAAUAUCUGCACAGACCAGACACCUCAGGACCUGAAAUGUAAGACAGAUGGACAGACACCCCAGGAGGAAGAAGUUUCCUCAAAACCUACUGCAGCUGAAGAGAAGAAUGUAGAACCUGAGCACCAAAGCACAUCGAAACCUGUAACUGAGGAAGACUUGGAAGACUGGCUGGACAGCAUGAUUUCCUGAAUAAGAGAUUAAGGGGGGAAAGUGCUUGAAGCAAAUUUUGGUUGCCUUGAGUGAGGGUGGGCACAGAGCUGUUCUUUGAGGGUUGGCUAUUCUCCCAGCAGACCCUACACUAUUGUACUCCCUCAUGAUCAUAGCAGCCAAUUCCUACCUAUGUGCUUGACAGCAGCUGAAGUAAUACAUGCACGAGGCUUGUUUUGGGCUCAGUUCCUGUUGUUUUCUGGCUUAGUCAUCUAAUAGGUUUCCUGAAGGGUAGGGAAUGUCAGCUGUGUUUCUAGCCUCCUUCCUCAGUGUUUACAGCAUAACAGGUGCUGCUUACUAAGAACAUAUGUGAGCAACAAGACACAUACUUGACCAAGUCUGUGGACUUCCUUUUUGCUGUGUCAAGUCCCUUGGCUGUGUGUCUCAUGUCCUUAUCCCCAGCAGUACAGUGUCACUCUAGUAUCAGCCAGCAGUGGUACAUGACAAGAAGCCGAGCCAUGGACUGAUACAUAUUACUUUAUUGCAGUGGGCACUUGAUUUUAUUUGAGGAGAUUCACCUAAACAUAGCAGCUUCACUACUUCAAAGGGACCAUAAAGCAUUACUCAAUUUUGGCAUAAGAUUGAGACAUUUCUGAAAUUUCAAUACAGUACUUUUCUUCUAAUAACAGCAGUUGACAAGCUGUUACUGGAAAAAAAUAUGAGUAAUCUUCAAGUGCAGUUUCAUAAAAUAAGACAGAAGAUCAACACAAUUAUUUAAAGGAAUUGUCCUCCUGAAACACAAACAUUUAAAAAAACCUUGCAUAGCUGUAUCUAAAGAGAUUUUAAGGCACUUAAUCGAUAUUUCAGUGUCGACAAAGUGUAAGUUGGUUUUCUAUUUCUUUAGCUGCUUAAAGCUUUUCAAGCUGAUUCUGAUGACAUCACUAGCAAGUCCCGUGGGAGUAGACUGCAGUUAACAUGAUUUUGUGUAGUUCUGACAAUGAGUUCCUGGUGGGGUUACUCCUGGAUGACAUUCAAGGUUCCACUUUUUAGGUGUUAUUCAUUCAAGACUUUUAUACUUCUCCAACCUUUUCCUUGUGCCACCACCCCAACAAACCAGUUGUAACAGGACUGAAGGCCUUGUAGGCAGUCAGAUAGAGUCCCCCCCCCCCAACAGCAGUAUGUCCUCAAAGCUAAAUCAGUUUCCAAGUAUAGAUUUUUAAGUACUGUAAAGGAAGAAUUCUAUUUCACUAGAAGUUGACUGUCCAGAAUCCUGGCUCUUCUUUCAUUCAGAUUUAUCCAAGCUGAUCUUCAUACUGCUUACGAAAGCAGUCACCAGCUGGGAAGAAGUCCCAACACCUUUCUUGGUACAUCUUCCACACAUAAGAUUCCUGAAAUAAUAUGAACAAAAAGGCACUUCUUUUUAAUCUCAGUAAGUGAAAACCCAGUUUGUUUGUGCUGUGACUCCUUUAGGAAGACUGAUGUGAACUUGUGCAAGGGCCUGUGGGCACGUUCUGUUCUAUUUCUAGCCCAUACUGCUUUGUGAGCAUGAAGUCAUAUCUUCCCCACAGUGCUAGCAAGGAAGGAAGGGACCUACCCUCUGUCCUCACUAAGAGGGAAAAAAAUAACUCCAUUUUUCCCACCAAAAAAUAACAAUUUAGCAAUAGGCCAAUCCAUGUUAUAAGUUAGCUUAGGCAGAGGCCUGCAUAGCUGAGGCCACAUCUAGAAUCCAACUUCCUGUCCUUUGAAUGGAAAUGUUUGAACUGUUAAGUUUUCCUACAACUCUAAUGAUGUUUGAAUUUUGAAUAACAGGGUUUUCCUUCCCAGGUUAUCUACUUUUAUAUUUCUUUUCAUACUUAGUCACAGAAUCACUUGAUGCAUCUCUUCAUUCAUCCUUUCAUGCAACCACCACAUUCCUGUUAUCACCCACACAGAAGGCUGUUCUUUCUUCUGCUGUCUCUCCCACUGUCUUACAGAGUCUCCUCUCUGUUAUAACCACCCACUCUAUUUCUUGUCUCUUCUCUAUAACAUUCUCCCACUUCCAGCUAUUUUAUACAGAAGCAGUAAACACAAUGGCUAGAAAAUGUCAGUGUUUGUUGUGAAGGAUUGCUAAGAGGACUUUGGGAAUAGACUCAAGUCACCUUAGAACUCUGACUUUAUAUCUAGCGACAAAGAGGUGCUCAGUUACAUCUGACACUCCUCAGACUCAAGACCUAACACAGGUCUAUGAUUCUUUUUUUUAAGGUAGGGUCUUGCUCUAGCCCAGGUUGACCUGCGAAUUCACUAUGUAGUCUCAGGGUGGCCUUGAACUCAUAGCAAUCCUCCUACCUUUUCCUCCCAAGUGUUGGGAUUAAAGGUGUGUACCACAUCCGUGGCUAAGUCUAUGAUUUUUAAAAGUAUUUUAUUUCUCACCUGACCCGUGUGCUCUGUCUCAUCCUUGUUAAUCAAAUACAUCAGAAAGAACCUAGAAUAAGAACAAAUAGUAUAAUAAAUGGGAAAAAAGUCAAUUUUACAACUAAACUAACCCUUAAGUUUAUUUACUCAGGUGAACUGGAAACAGGGUUCAAAAACUAAAAUGUCUUUAAGCAUCAUUUCUAAUAGUAGUACAUGAUCAUUCCCAAACCACCCUCUAUAGCAGAGAGCCUCUUAUACUCAAAGUGUGAGCUGAGCCCACUUGCAAGGAAAGUACUUUGUCUACCAUUUUGAGAAAUGAAUGAAAUGGGAGUCUAACCUUUUACCAUAAAUAUUUUAAUAGGUUAAUUUGUCUAGUAAAAAUACAGACUUGAAAUUGCAUGUACUUUUAGGAUAUCAGCCAUGAAAAAGGUAGAAAGUAUUUAAUUUCAUGAAGUCAUGCUCAUUAAUCUAGAAGUCUAGCUUUGUUUUCCAUGGUAGACAACGGAGAAAUGGCAGUGCAGUUUCACUUGCCCUGUCUGUGACAUGCAAAGCCACCUGACCUCAGAAACAAUUUUCAGAAGAACCAGUUUCAUGCCCUUCAGGAAAAGAGCUAUAGCAGUAGUAACAGAGAUGUAACUGAGACCUUGAACUCUUGCAGGGUGGGGUAGGGGUUGCUGUGUUUACAUUCAGGGCCUGGCACACAGAAACAGUUCUAUGAGACUUUAUUUGUCCUUGUCCAAGACAAGGAAGGAAAGCAGGACCUAUAUAUAUCCACCAGGUUUGAGACCUGGGCCAGGACAUUAUUCUUCUCAUAUAUUUGUUAACUGGCAGAUCACGAUUUUAAAAGGUGGGGAAGUCAAACAUGACUAAUUGAGUUCUACCACACAAGCUUGCUGCUAGAGGAAAAGAUGCAGAAACAGAAAACAGACCAUUAUACACAAGCUGCUAUGGAAGACAUGGAAGGGACUCCAAACCCAGAUAAAAUGAGCACAUCUUCCUCUCUUCUACUCUCCCCUGGUACCACCAAAGGCAGUAUGUUCACAUUCCACAGGAGCAUCCUGAGCACCUCAACUAAGAUGUGAACUGACCAUUAUAAGUCAUCAUGACAUGAGGGAAGGUAUGCUAGUUAUUCAAGUUUUUAUCUUAUGAAACUCAUAUGUAGCAAAAGAAAAAAACAUGCUUUCCCAAAGGCUGGGCUUGUUCCAAUCCCAAAGAGAGAGAAUAGGAUUUUCUGAACAGUAAGUAGAAUGUAGAGGGCAUGAGAGCAAAGCCAGGGAGCAUAGCACUUUUUUUCAUGUGAAAAUCGUGGUUUAUGGAGUUUGAAUAAUCCUGUCCUAUAAUCUGUAUAUCCAUACAUUCUGGCAGUUUCACUAGAAAUCAGCAUGUAAUGUGCUCAGAUAACUUGAUCUUGAGUAAAAGCUUUAGUCUAGAAAAAGUGUUGCUUGUUGGGUGCCAGACAUUGCUGUAUUUGCUAAGGUAAAGCAACGUGAAAACAUAAUGUGAAUCCUACUCUCAGAAUUUAUUCAUUAAUGGGGGCUGGAAACCUGCUCCUUUGACACACCAAAUCUUGUAACAUGAUGGGGGCGAAGGCUUUUAGUAGAGGUUCCUAGGAGGACAGAAAAGGAAAAUAUAGAGACAGUGAGUGAUGAGUCUGUGGCCGUAGCUGAAGACAAAAUGGAUUUUCUUUAGGAUUAAGAACAGUUCACAAAGAGAAUUGUUGGAGCACAUGAGCUUGAAAAGAAGGGAGCUUUUGUAGUCCCAGGAUUGAGGGGCAGCUGGCAUAGGUACAAUCCACAGGCAGAGAAUAUGGAGAAGGAGACUGGCGCAUCCUAUGGGUACCUGGGUAUUCUUUCCUGAGCAUUUCUAUCUUUUCCAAACAAAAGUAGAAAUAGCAUCAAUAGAGAUUGAAUGAUGUGACAGAAUUGUUUUUUCCCCUCUAAGGACUUCUUCAACUAGAAAUACUCACAAAUAGUUGGCUAAGUUGUGCUCCUGUAAUGUAUGUGUUUCGAAACCAUGAGGAGUUGUGUCAAAGUAGUCAUUGCCAAUGCCACAGAUGAAACAUUUAGUCUAUGAAAAAUAACAAGAAAUAGAAAAGGCAUUAUCAGGCAAAGCAGUCUAGGCAGGAGGAAGAAGGGGGACCACCUGGUGACUUAGGCGUACUGGAGUCCUUCCCCUUCAAUGCUUUGGGCUCUUAGUCAUUCACCCAUACUGCCCUCUGCCUCAGUGCACAUUCCGCUCCCUCCACUCACGGCAGGGGGGGCAGCAGUGUGACAGGCCUGGGAGGGUGCCCAGCACAGGGCAUGAAUACCUAGAGAUGGUAGAUGGGAACCGAGAGAAGAGGGAGAAGGAAUGGAAAACAAACCUUAUCUGUAGUCUUGCCCAUACUGACCCUAGUUAAUAGCCUUAUUUACUGUUUGAGAAACCCAUCUAUUUACCUUUGCAAUAGAAAAAUGGUGUAGAAAUGAGAAUAUUACCUCCAUGUCUUCUCGAACUUGUUCCUGUUGGUCUCUUAGCUCACCAAAAGCAUCAAUAAUAAGACCUGGGGUUUUAAAUACAAAUAAACACAAAACACCUUAAUCUACACAGUGGACACGGAGAGGGAUGGUAAUGGGAGUAGCAGACGUCACUUUGUUUUGUCAAAGCAAAUGAAUUAUUAAGGUAAGCUAGUCAAAACAAAAUUUCGUGGGGAAAUGUGGUAUGUCUUCAAGAGCAUGGUCCUCCCUAACCAGGUCGUGUCACGCCCUGGAAGCCUUUCCCUUCUGCCAUGCCUUCUGUUUGCUCAGAGGUUUGUUUUCAUUCUUUGCAAUGGGCUGCUUCUCGUCUCCUGACUCCUCAGAUAUCCAGGUGCAUGCCAAGGCCCUCCUCUGGAUCUUUGCUUCCCAGUUUUCAACAUUUGUAGAUUUUAUCAUAGCACAACUCAGUACAAUUCAGAUUAAAGUCAUCAUCUUUCCUUUACCAUCUCUUCACAAGCCAUUGACCAAAAUCCUAGUACCUUUCCUUGUCUCCCCUCCCAAAAUGAUAACACAGUAUAUUUUCAUAGUGCCUCUCUCUGCUGCUUCCCCAGUUCAUUGCCUGGGAGAACAGUGGAGGGCAUAAGUGGUAGAGGGGAUGUCUAGAAAGCAGAAAUGAUGAGGAUAUAAUUCAGAGAGGAGAAUGAAGAAAGGGAGCCCUUUGUGUAGGUUCUUAAGUUUCUUGUAUCAGUAUCUAAGUGGAUCUUUGAUUUUGUGUCUAGUUAAGGCCUCACAUACAAUUGAUGCUUAAUAAAUGUUUGCUAAAUUAA